UGACGAUGUUAGGCCGAAGGAAAGCCAUUGCAUUUUAAGCUGUGUUUGAAGUAAUGCUUCUUUUCCUUCUCAAAAUUUCCCUUUUUUUGGUAUCGAGAGUAUUGAUUUUCCAAUUCUGAUUUCUCAGCUAUGAACAUAGAGUAUAACUCACUUAGAGUCUAAGAGUAUCAAGUCUAUAGUGCAUAUUCAAAUUGUAGUGACAAAGGAGAGUUUGCGUAGAAGAUUGGAUCUCAACUAGCUGUCUCUGUCAACUUACAGGCCGGAGAUCAACUGAGAAUGUUACUGAACCCGAGAUUGGAGAUUGGAAACUAGAUCGAUAUUGGUUUGAGCCAGUUGUACAAUAUUUUUACAAGCUUUCUAGAAUAUCCUGCUAUGCUGUUUGCACAAAAGUUGUACAAUGGUUUUACAAGCUUUCUAGAAUACCUCGCUAUGCAGUUGCUGUUACCUUCUCUGUGUCACUGUACAUGGAAUCAGAGAGAGCUGUCAUCUUCUCAGCGUUUUCCCCGGUGGAUGUGUCGCUCUAGUCUGGCCGGCAGGUGGAAGAUACUGUUACAAGAUCCCCGUGAAGCCAGCGUAUCCAUUAGCCUCGUUGGAGUAGCGAUCACUCAGAGAGGAAGUAAUAUGUAUGAUGAGAUAAAAAGUGAGGUUAGCGGAAAUGAUGUUUUAAUCAAGAAAAAAUGAUAAUGUUUGAUAGAAGAAAUUUUUAAUUUAAUUAAUUUAGUCAUUUUGGGAAGCAUAGUUCGCUGAUAAAUAAUCAAUUUAUGAAGGUUGCAAAAUCUAUGUAUAAAAAAGUACUACUAGUUUUCUUUUUUUCGAAGACACUUGGCUUGAUUGAAACUUGAUGGAAUCCUAUCCAAUUUAACACAACGAAAAUAAUAACAAGGUUCU